AUGAAAGCAUUCACUUUUUCCGCUUUGAGCACUCUCUUCGCUGGCUUGACGCUGGCCCAUCCUGUCGAUCUCCAAGCGCGCCAGAGUGGUUUUAGCGAUGUCGACAUCACCAUUCUUCAAUUUGCUUUGACAUUGGAGCAUUUGGAGAAUGAGUUCUACCGCAGCGCUUUCCGCACUUUCACCCUUCAGCACUUCCUCGACGCUGGAUUCGACGAGGAUUUCUUCCUCAACUUGCAGUUCAUUGCUGCUGAUGAAGCCGCACAUGUCGAAUUGCUUGCCGGAGCCAUCCAAGGGGCUGGUCACUUCCCUGUCCAGCCUUGCCAGUACAACUUCCCGGUAACCGAUAUCCAAUCCUUCGUCACGUUGUCUGCCAUUCUCGAGUCCGUUGGCACAUCUGCUUAUCUUGGUGCUGCUCCUUUCGUCGGAAGCAAAGACAUUCUCGGAAUCGCUGCUUCCAUCAUGGCCGUCGAAGCCUUCCACACAUCCCUGCAGCGGACCAGCAUUGGAGGAGUUGGUGCACCAGAUCCAUUUGCCACUCCUCUCGGUGCAAACGCUGUCUUCACUCUUGCUGCUCAAUUCAUCGUCUCUUGCCCAUCGAACAACCCACCAUUGCCAUUCACUGCUUUCCCUGGCCUUGCAAUUUCCGAUUCUCAGAGCUGCUUCCGCGAGAACAGCUUUGAUGGCAAGAGCGUCCAGCAAAUGGUUCAUGACAACAGCGGCACGCCUCCCCCAUCAUCUCAAGAAGUUGCUCCUCCACCACCAGCCGAAAUGGCCGCCCAGACAACUGCUGCCCCAACUGAGACCAGCAUGGACAGCGCCAUGAUCACGGAGACCAGCGCCGAAAGUGAGACUGCUGUUGCAACCGAGACCGCGGUUGCAGCUGAGAGCGAGACUGUCACCGACAGCGCUACAGUUACUGAUGCAGCUACCAGCGCAGCUGAGACCGCCGAGACCUCCACUGAGACCUCCGAAGGUGCUGAGCCAACUGCUGCUCCCGAACGACGAGACCUUUCUGCUCGCCAAAGCUCCCGUCAACGUGGCUGCUCCGCUCCAUUUGGCGGCUCCUCCAUCAACUUGGUUCCAGACUUCGGUGCCUCUCGACACGAUUUCAGCAGAGUUGUGCAGGUAUUUGUCACCUUCGUCUCCGGCUUCAACGUCAUCUCCGUUGCUGUACAAUUCAACCGUGGAGGCAUCAACGUCAACAUCCCAACUGGUAUUGGCGGCCAGGUCUUCGUCUUCAUCACCGUUAUCGACAUCUCUGGCGGCCGUCUCAGUGAUUCCGACAUCUUGUUCGGACCCGCCAUCAUGGAAGUCGCUCCAGCAUUCCCAUCCCUCAGCUUCUAA